AUGAGUGGUCAAGAAUUCCAACAAGUGACUGAAUCAACUGCCGGUCCUGCUAAGCCAAAUCCAUAUGGCCCUAACCCAGCCGACUAUUUAUCCAAUGUGUCUAAUUUCCAACUGAUCGAUUCGACCCUGAGAGAGGGUGAACAAUUUGCGAACGCCUUCUUCACCACCGAGAAAAAGAUCGAAAUUGCUAAGGCUUUGGAUGACUUUGGUGUUGAUUACAUCGAGCUAACUUCUCCAGUAGCCUCGGAGCAAAGUAGAGAGGACUGUGAGGCUAUUUGUAAGCUGGGCUUAAAGGCUAAGAUUCUAACACACAUUCGUUGUCACAUGGACGAUGCCAAAGUUGCUGUUGAAACUGGUGUUGACGGUGUGGAUGUAGUAAUUGGUACCUCCAAGUUUUUGAGACAGUACUCGCACGGUAAGGACAUGAAUUACAUUGCCAAGAGCGCCAUUGAAGUCAUUGAGUUUGUCAAAUCCAAGGGCAUCGAAAUCAGAUUUUCCUCAGAAGACUCUUUCAGAUCUGACCUAGUCGAUCUAUUGAACAUUUACAAGACUGUCGACAAGAUCGGUGUAAACAGAGUGGGUAUUGCAGACACAGUAGGCUGUGCGAACCCAAGACAAGUGUACGAAUUAGUCAGAACUUUGAAGAGCGUGGUAUCAUGUGACAUCGAGUGUCAUUUCCACAACGACACUGGUUGUGCUAUUUCUAACGCUUACACUGCCCUUGAAGGUGGUGCCAGACUUAUCGAUGUAUCCGUGUUGGGUAUCGGUGAAAGAAACGGUAUCACACCUUUGGGUGGUUUGAUGGCCAGAAUGAUUGUUGCAUCCCCAGAUUACGUCAAGUCCAAGUACAAAUUGCAUAAGAUUAGAGAUAUCGAAAAUUUGGUUGCUGAGGCAGUCGAAGUUAACAUUCCUUUCAACAACCCAAUUACUGGGUUCUGUGCAUUCACUCAUAAAGCAGGUAUCCAUGCUAAAGCCAUUCUAGCGAACCCAUCUACGUACGAAAUUCUAAAUCCUCACGAUUUCGGUUUGAAGAGAUACAUUCAUUUCGCAAACAGGCUGACCGGCUGGAAUGCCAUCAAGUCAAGAGUGGAUCAAUUAAACUUGAACUUGACUGAUGCGCAAUGUAAGGAAGUUACCACCAAGAUCAAGAAGUUGGGUGACAUUAGACCUUUGAACAUUGACGACGUGGAUUCUAUUAUCAAGGACUACCAUGCCGAGGUGUCUACUCCUCAGUUGAAGAGUAUAAGCAGUGGCAAUGAUGAAGACCUAGAAGCCAUUGACGCUGGAGAACCUGUGUCCAAGAAGGCCAAAACCUCCAACUAA